CAGGGGGCGUGGCCGCAGCCCCCGGCCCAGCAGGGAGGCGGCCGGAGCAAGAUGGCGGCGCGAGUGCUGCUGCGGCGGAGCCUGGCGGGAGCGGCCGCCGUGCCGCGCCUGCCGCCCGGCGGCGGGCUGGCCCUCAGGGGACUGGCAUCCUCAGCUCACAGACCUCGCGAGGACAGCUGGUUAAAAUCCCUCUUCGUCCGCAAAGUGGAUCCGAGGAAAGAUGCCCACUCCAACCUUUUGGCCAAAAAAGAGACCAGCAGUCUGUACAAACUCCAGUUUCACAAUGUAAAACCAGAAUGUCUAGAGGCCUACAACAAGCUUUGUCAAGAGGUGCUGCCAAAGAUUCAUGAAGAAAAACACUACCCAUGUGCACUGGUGGGGACUUGGAACACGUGGUACGGAGAGCAAGAUCAGGCUGUUCAUUUGUGGAGAUAUGAAGGAGGUUAUCCAGCUCUCAAUGAGGUCAUGAGUAAACUUCGUCAAAAUAAGGAAUUCACGGAGUUUCGCAAAGAACGAGGUAACAUGCUCCUCUCACGCAAGAACCAGUUACUGCUGGAGUUCAGUUUCUGGAAUGAACCCGUUCCCAGAGAUGGGCCUAAUAUUUAUGAAUUGAGAUCCUAUCAACUCAGACCCGGAACGAUGAUUGAGUGGGGGAAUUACUGGGCUCGUGCAAUUCGUUUCCGACAGGACAGUAACGAAGCAGUCGGAGGAUUUUUCUCACAGAUUGGACAGCUGUACAUGGUUCAUCACCUCUGGGCUUACAAAGAUCUUCAGACCAGAGAAGACAUAAGGAAUGCUGCAUGGAAUAAACCUGGCUGGGAUGAACUAGUCUAUUACACAGUGCCCCUUAUUCAGGAAAUGGAAUCCAGAAUCAUGAUCCCAUUGAAGAUUUCUCCACUUCAGUAAAGUCACUGAUUUACUUGUGCCUACAUAGAUAAAGUGACAAGUAUUUGUCUUAAUUUAUGGUAUACACUGUAUAUCAUAGUCUGAAAUAUAAAAGUACUGUAUUGAGCUUAUAAAAGAGACCUCUUUUCUUCAGAACCCAUGACCUUUUGCUCUUAGGAUUGUACCAGGGGGGAGAAAAUACACAAGACUCUAAUUAAAAGGUCGGUUAGUUGAAAACAAGUCCAAAGACAGGAGUUCUUUGUGAGACAGCUCCCCAGGUGAGGUAUGGCCUACAGUAUUUAAUAUCUCCUGCCACACAGGCACUGCCCAGUGUUCAGUAACAGCAGCAGAACGGAGCAUUGCCAUUGCUGUGGCCUUUUUGUAGCAUUUUAAUGACUGCAGGUUUUAAAAACAAGUGUGGGAGUUGUGAAAUCAGAAGCUCUGAAGCCCUCGGGGAGCUCGGAACUGCACCUGGCUGUUGGAGCAGGCCUGAAAUCAGUUGGUAGCUCUGGAUUUACAUACAGGCAGUCAUUAAUUGGGGAUAAUACUGUGUCAGGUGAUGGCUUGUGGACAGAGAAUAGGGAGUUCUGGUUGGCAAGGACUCUGAAACCUGUCGAAACUCGUCGCACAAAGUGAAUUCUGUGAAGUGUUACCCACGCUUUUCAAAGAAAUACUGCCAAGACGUGGUUGUCUGAACACUCUGCAGGGAAUCAAUUCAGCUCAAUACAUUUCUCUCUACAAACAGCUCAGAACUCUGGGAAAAGGGGUUUAAUUUAAUAAGCAAUUGUGACUCCAGACAUAUGCUUGGUCGGGUGUUUCACUCCCUGCCUGUCCAGUAGGUACUCCCGAAUUGGUGUGUGAAACUGGCGCAUGUCGAGUCGAUGGAAUUGGCAUUUCGGUGUCCCAUGAUGUCCAGUUCUGUUUUGGCUUCACUUUAGUCUAGAAUGUAUCAACACUUUUGGUGUCUGCAAUGAUGUGAACAUCCUGUCAGUGAAAAUAAUACCCUCUCUUUCAAGUGGCUACAAGAAUCAGUGUAACAUAACUGAAUGUACAAAUCAGUUACUGAAUGUCCAGUUUGUACAUUUCAAUAAGUUUUCAGGAAGAACAUAUCAGUCAAUAAAAGCCUUUUAAUUUUCA